AUGUCGACAGUACCAAAGUAUAUCUACAAAAUUAUUCCGCACUCGAGCGUCGACACGAGGUUCACUUUUCCCGUUCCCAUCCCUUCCUCUCACCAAUUCUUGACCGAACUAGAUCUCAAUGAUCGUUUCAUUCACUUCUCUGCAGCGGAGCAAAUUCCUACAACCUUGAAUCUAUUUUUCAAAGAGGAUCCAGCGGUCACUUUGUUGAGAGUGGAAACAGCUAGAAUAGGAGCAUGGAAGAAGAUUGAAUGGGUUUUACCUGAUCAAACGCCAAGAACUGGUGAUAUGCCGUAUCUCUGUGCUCAUGCUUGGCCAGUACCGCUAGAAGGUGAAUAUGUUGAGUCGUUCCGAGAAGUACAUAGACAGGAUGCCAAUGGAGAGAAAGAUGUACAAGGUGGAUGGGAAAGCUCGUUAUCAAGUAAAGAUGUACAAGGCUGGCUUGUUUGA